AUGAUCAGUGAUAUACUGCCUGGACAGGUCUUUCCCAAAGGGCCUACCCCUGCCGUGCAGUUUGUUGAGAAGGGAUGGCCUAUUCAAAUUUGGCAGGAUGAUGCUAAUUCACUCAUCAAGACUUAUCAAAUCGCCAAGGGGUUCCGUGGUUGUACCAAUUUGUUGAAGAGGAAUUGGCUAAGCGAUAUCGACAACGGUUAUUUCAAACUUGAGAAGAUCGAUCCUGCGGAAUCACUCAUACCUACUAGCAAUAUCAUCAAUCAUUCAAUUACAAAAACACCCUUGAAAAAUAAACCCUCAAGUCCCUCCGAUCCAAUUCUUUCAGCUGAUGAUGCUACUGACCACCCUACCAAAAAAAGGAAACGAAAGAUGAAAGAAGCAAAAGAAAAAAUUGUGAAGAAAAGGAAGAAAGAAAAGGAUGAUGAAGAAAUUGAGUCAUCAGAAAUCGAGGACAUCAAUUUCCCAAGUAGCGAUGAAUUUUCAGAGGAUAGUGAUGAUUUCAAAGGGGAUUCGGGUUCUUCUUCCAGCUCUGAAAAUGAUGAUGUCUAA